UCGAUUUGCGUGACGGGAUUGCGUCGAUUUUGUGGUUAACAUCGUUUAGGAAGACGAGACAUUAUCAUGGCAAAAUUAGGACAUAAUGACAUGUUAAGUGACAGUGACAGUGGAGAUGAUUGGGAGGAAAAUGGUGAAGAUUACUACAACAUUUCGUGCCUGUUUUGUAUGGAAAAUAUUAAUGGAUUUCCCUCUGCAUUGGACCAUAUUGAAAUCUUUCACAAGUUUGAUUUCUGUGAUUUUAUAAAGAAACAUAUUCACGACACUUACUCAUAUAUCAAAUUAAUUAAUUUUGUUCGUCACAAGGAGAUUUUACCAGAACAACUGAGUACAUUAGACAUAGAGGCUUGGGAGAAAGAUGAGUAUCUACGUCCUGUCAUGGAAGAUGAUCCAUGGUUAAUGUAUGACAUUGAAGAUCUUAUCAAAAUUAAGGAUGUGAGUGAAGAAAGAGGUGUAAAACAGAUGCAAAGUGACGACAGUGUGACUUUAUCAGAGGCACAAUAUGAAGAUAUGAAAAGAAUUAUCAGGUCGCUCAAAUCUCAGCUAAAGGAAAGUGAGACAACGUGUUUUUUAAUAAAGCAGCAAAUGGAAGAGAUGAAAGAGAAGGCCCAGAAGUUAAUACUGGGUGAUGAUUUAGAUGAAAGAGAAAAGAAUGCUCCGGUUAAUGCUCAUAAUUCUAAUGCUGAUGAAGGCUAUUUCAAUACAUAUAGUCACUUUGCUAUACAUCAUGAAAUGUUGAAUGACAAAAAACGUACCGAGAGCUAUCGUGAUGCAUUAUUAACAAAUUCUAACAAAUUCCAUGAUUGCAUAAUGUUGGACGUUGGUUGCGGAACUGGUAUCCUGUCAAUGUUUGCGGCAAAAUCUGGUUGCAGUAAAGUUAUUAGUGUCGAUCAGUCUGAUGUGAUAUAUCAUGCUAUGGAUAUAGUAAGAGAGAAUAAUCUCAGUGAUAUAAUCACUUUAAAAAGGGGUCGUCUGGAGGAUAUUAGUAUAGGAAUAGACAAAGUGGAUGCAAUAAUAUCCGAGUGGAUGGGAUAUUUUCUCUUGUUUGAAGGAAUGCUGGACACAGUUAUUUAUGCUAGGGACCAUUAUUUGACGCCUGGUGGAACAAUUCUUCCAAACAGAUGUACAAUUAGUAUUGUGGGAAGUGGUGACACAAAGAGAUAUAUUGACUUGGUUGAUUAUUGGUCAAACGUAUAUGGUUUUAAAAUGAGCUGUAUGAAAGCGGAAGCGUUGCGUGAACCCAGUAUAGAGAUCUGUAAUGUCGAUGACUUGAUAACGAGCAUCGCCGAGAUCCAAGCCUUCGACUUAUAUAAAGUCACUACGGAUUGCGUCAAUUUUUCGUCUCCUUUCACGUUGAAUGUGAAGAAAACAGGAUCAUUAACCGCGAUAAUUGGUUAUUUCGACAUUUUCUUCGAUCUCGACAAUCCAGUUCAUUUCAGUACAAGUCCCUAUUCUACUCCGACACAUUGGAAACAGACGGUAUUUUCUUUAAGCGAACCCAUUAGCAUAACUGAAGGUGAAGUUAUAAACGGCACGUUGGUCUGUCGAAGACAUUGUAAAGACAUCCGAGGCUUAAUGGUCGUUAUUCAUAUCAAAAAUUUCUCUCAGACAUAUUUUCUGGAUUGAACAUUGAAUAUGCUUGUUCUAAGAAAUUAAUAGUCACAUGUGCCAACGGGAAGCUAUCGCGUUAUGAUGCUCUGAUUUUCGUUGAACGUUCUUUUCCACGAAUAUUCGCUUAAGCUUUAUCUCUUACCAUUUCCAAUUUGAAUCUAUAAUAUGUAGAAUCUAUAGUGUCCGUUUACUUAAGGGAAUCCUAAAGACGAUUAGUCGUAUCUCGUGCACAUAUAUACAUAAAUUUUUGUAUUACAAUAACGUUUUAAUUAGACGUCUAAGUCCAAUUCUAAGAACUCCACGUUGUUUCUUCGUACAAGUUACUCUAGUCUGUGGACUACUAUUUCAUAAGUAGUACAGAUUGCACAGAGCUUCUUAAAACAUAUACAUGAAAGCGGAAUUGCUUAUCUUACUAUCUAUAUAUCAAACGCGAACCUAACAUCUGUGCGAGAGAGAAAGUUAUAACAUCCCAAAUGUUCGUAAUGCACAUGCGUCAGUAUACCAUCGUCGGUGUGAGUUGUACAGUUGUUUAAAGUACCUGGCCGCCCAGGCACAUAAAAAUACUUAAGAUGUAAAACUUAGGACCUCUCUUUUAUCAACCCCGAUUAACGCUAAUCGAUGGUUAACUCGAUCACCACGAUUGCCAACGUGAGAACUAAAUACAGAAGAAGAAUAGAAAGGAGACAUUCUGGAUACAUUAAAUGUCCUUAAGUUCAUUUCUGAUGCUCAAGAAAAGCUAGGAAUCUUGCUGUAAAAUUUUUCACUUUAUGAAUGAGCUUUGACAAGUUGUGCUCCUUUCCUGUAUCUUUGCGCAAUAUGGAAGGCAUGAAGAACCGUAUUAAAGUCUUGCACUGGUCUGACCGGCCUUUUUCAGUCCAGUGAGCUUUCCUUGAAAGCGUGGUACUUCGAUUUCUACAAGUAAAAUUGGAAAUUCACUGGCCAGAAGAAGAAGAACUGCUGUUGGCACUUCUGCGAGUCGAUCGUCAAUUAAUUUAACUAGAAGUUGGUGAAAGAGGCCUUUAGCCUGAUAUUUCAUGUAUCGGUCGACAAAGCUUCUCGAGCUCAUUGAUUGACUGCGGGACAAAGAGAUUCUCGGAUCUCUCAGCCAAUCAACAGGUUUAAGAAGUUCAUCGUGCGAAUUAACAUGAAAUAUCAGCCUAAAGUGUAAUCUACAUUGGUUGUACGAUUUCAAGCGAAUUUUUCGAGCGUGUCAGGCUGCUAUUUCAUUUGUGCGUUUUUGUCGUGUAACAAAUUUUUCAAGUCUGUUAAUUGGCUAUAAGAUAGAGACAUUUCAACCGGUUGAAAUUUGUCUUAUAGGCUUUCUACAAUAAGUCAUUACCUAAGCUUUAAGUCUUAAGCCGUAAAAAAUUGAC